AUGACAAAGUCCAGCCAGGAUUCAGAUUUGGAUGAGCUCUUCGAGGACAUCGAUGAAGAUGAAAUUUUGGCUAAUCUUUCUCCGGAAGAGCUGAAGGAGCUUCAGAAUGAGAUGGAGGUUCUGGCACCAGAUACGGAUUUACCGGGAGGGAUGACACCAAAGAACCGAACAGAUAAGGCUACAUCUGACCAGUCUGACCUCCAAUCCCAGGAGUCUUUUGGAGACAUCGAUGAAGAUGAAAUUUUGUCCAAUCUCUCUCCGGAAGAGCUGAAGGAGCUCCAGAAAGAGAUGGAAGUAUUGGCACCGGAUCCGAAUUUACCAGUGGGGAUGAUACAGAAGGACCAGACAGAAAAAGCACCUACAGGACAGUUUGACCACAGAUCCCUCAUUGAUUACCUGCACUGGGAGAAGGAGUCAAAACGAAUGUUAGAAGAGGAGAGAGUUCCUGUUACCCUGCUGCCCUCUGAGAGAAAAAUUGCAACAGCAGAAAAAGAAAGACCAGAACAUCUGGACAGAGAGGAGGAACAACAACAAACAGAAGAGAUUAGAAAAGAAGUAUUGGAGAAAGUCUUCAAGAAGGAUGACCAUGCUGAUGGCAUAAAAGAUGUGCAAGAAAAGGUGCAAACAAAGCAAAUCCCAGAAGCAGAGCCAGAAAAGGACAGUGGCAAAAAUGCCCUGGAUAACGAGGGUCAACAACCAACCCAACAGAAAGAGGAAGGAACUGAGUCUGUGCUUGAGGAGGCAAAUAUUAGCACAAUGACUGCUAACAAUGAUCUAGUGAACAACACAGAAGAUAAAAAGCCAGCAGAAAUUUCCAAAUUGAACAUCCCCAAGAAACUAGCUAUAGACUCUAGCUUCAUCAAAAUGAGUGCCAGGCCUUCUGGCAACCAAACUGACUUGGACAGAACAUUGCAGAGCAUCAGAAAGAAUGAUCCAAACAUCAAAGAGGUCAACUUGAACAACAUUGAGAAUAUUCCAAAGGAAAUGCUGGUUGACUUUGUAAAUGCUCUGAAAAAGAACAAGCACGUAAAGACCUUCAGUAUGACCAAUGUGGGAGCUGAUGAGAAUGUUGCAUUUUCUUUAGCCAAUAUGUUGCGUGAAAAUAGAAGCAUCACCACCUUGAACAUCGAGUCUAAUUUCAUCACAGGUAAAGGUAUUGUGGCCAUCAUGAGGUGCCUUCAGUUUAACGAAUACUUGACUGAAUUGAGGUUUCACAAUCAGAGACAUAUGUUGGGCCACCAUGCUGAAAUGGAAAUUGGAAGGCUUCUAAAGGCCAAUAACACUUUGCUGAAGAUGGGGUACCAUUUUGAGCUGCCUGGUCCCCGAAUGGUGGUUACCAAUCUGUUGACCAGAAACCAAGACAAGCAAAGGCAGAAAAGGAAAGAAGAACAGAAACAGCAACAAGAAAAAGAUGAGGAGGAGAUCAUUACUAUGCUAGAAAAUGGUUUGGAAUUGGGCAUUCCUCCACAACUUUGGGCGAUGAUUAAUCAAGCUUCACCAGCUCCUAACUCAAGGAUGCCAACAAUUCCUGAAGAGCCUAAGAUUCCAAUCCCACCGCUCCGAAAAAGUAAACAAAUCAAGCCACAGCUUAGCUCAGAAAACAUGGUCAGUGCUGAACCUCCACCUUUCAAGGAUGUGAAACUCAAAAAAUUCCAGCCAAAGUCUGUUGCCCAAAAAUUGAGAGAAGAGGCAGAGAAAACCAAUCUCAGGGAUGUAAUAAAAACUCUCAAGCCAGUGCCAAGAAACCGGCCACCACCUCUUGUCGAACUGACGCCAAGGGAUGAACUUUUGCAAGAUAUUCGCCAGAGUAACGUGGCUUAUCUUAAAUCGGUGAGUCAUUCCAAUUUUAAAAGGGUUUUCUACUUAACCAAGUUUAUCCAGUUCUGCAUACUUUAA